AUGAAUAAUCAUUAUAGACAAUCAUGUUCUCAAACUAUAAUAUCACCAAUUAUACAAGAACUAAUAUAUAGUGUUGAUAUUUCAUUAGAACUUUUAUAUAAAUAUAUUGAAUUACCAUUACAAAAUGUAUUUUAUUGUUUUGGUAAUAUUUCAUUAUGUUAUGCUCGUCGACGAUCAUUAAUUGAAUUUUCAAGACAUUUUACUGACAUACUUGUUCAAAGUUAUGCAAUAACAUUCUUUCUAUAUUUUAUUUUAUUAUUAUUCGGUUAUCUAUUUUCUGUUGCAACACAAAAUCAUUAUUUUAUUGAUCCAUUACUAUCAAAUAAUCGACAAUGUAUCAAUAUAAAAUUCUUUCGUAUUCAUGAUAAUGAACAUGAUUUUCAAGAUCUUCUAUUAAAAGAUAAUUUUAUUCGAGAAAAUAUUAUUACUGAAGAUCAAAUUUAUCGACGAAAAACAUACAAUUAUAGUCAAUUUUAUCAAUUAUUACAUCUACUUGAAAAUGAUCAUUAUAUGAUCUGUCAACGUUCACUUUAUAUAUAUACACGUUUCCAUGCUUAUUCUUCCUUAUUACAUAGUAAUCAUUCACAAUUUCGAUUUUUUUUACCUGACUAUCCUUCAUCAUUUACUAUUGAUCAACCACCAUUUCUUGAUUUAUGUGUACAUACAUCUAAUUAUACGCAUUUAGAACAGAUAAAAUCUCGUCUUCUUCCAUUAGCAUCUUAUUAUUAUGAAUCUAUUAAUUUAUUUCUUUUUGAUUUUAAUUUUACACAAGUUAGUUUAACACUUUAUCAAUUAAAUAAUGAAUCAAUACAUCUUGAACGUGUUUCAAUUCAUACCGGUUGGUUAUAUGAUAUGUAUUCGCAUUUUUAUUUUUUCAAAUAUAAUUAUGCUUUAUCAACAAUUUUAUUUGAUAGUUUACCUGUAGAAGAACAUUUUGUAGAUUAUUUUGAUUAUUUAUAUGUACCUGUACCUUCUGAUCCUUUACUUGGUUUAAAUGAAAUGGUUCAACAAACACUUUUAAUAUUACCCAUAUGUCAAUCAACAUGGAAUACAAAAUGA